AUGAAGCUCACGCUUUUGCUCAUAGCCUCAGAGGACAACAAAGAGAGUGGUUUCAAGUUACUACUGGAAACGCAGAGGGGUGUGUUCGUGUCUCUACCAGAACCAGUAAUGGCCGACCAAAGUUCCUCACACCGGGAUGAUCCGACGCGAAAAAAGCUCCACCAAGAAGGCCUCCCCAAUGGGAAAGAAGCAAAGGGAGACGGCCUGCAUGCUAGAGGCCAGUGGGCCAGCAAGGCAGAGUUCCUUUUGGCAGUGGCUGGGCAAAUCAUCGGACUGGGCAACGUCUGGAGGUUUCCCUACCUCUGCUACAAAAACGGAGGAGGUGUUUUCUUUGUACCUUACCUGUUGUUCCUGGUGCUCUGUGGCAUCCCUUUAUUCCUCCUGGAGACCUCACUGGGACAGUACACCAGCCUGGGAGGGGUCAGCGCUUGGAGGACGAUGUGCCCGUUAUUUGGAGGUCUGGGCUACGCCAGCCAGGUGAUGAUUCUGCAUGGCUGUGUGUACUACAUCGUCAUCCUGGCCUGGGCUCUCUUCUACCUGUCCUACAGCUUCCAGGCGGAGCUGCCGUGGUCGCACUGCAACAACACGUGGAACACCAAUUCCUGUAUCUUGUUUGAUCAUCACAAUCAGACUUCAAACACAAGCAGCCUCCCUGAGAACGCCACUUCUCCUGUUAUGGAGUUCUGGGAGCGGGAGGUGCUCCGCCUUUCAGACACUUUGGACGAGCUGGGCCCAGUCAGCUGGAAGCUGGCUCUGUGUCUGGCUGCCGUCUGGCUCAUCUGCUACUUCUGUGUGUGGAAGGGAGUGAAGUCCACCGGAAAGGUGGUGUACCUGACAGCCACCUUCCCAUAUGUCAUGCUGUUUGUCCUGCUGGUGCGAGGGGCCACUCUCCCUGGAGCGACCAAGGGCAUCAUCUACUACCUCAAGCCUAACCACACCCGCCUGGCAGACCCACAGGUAUGGAUGGAUGCAGGUACCCAGGUAUUUUUCUCUUACGGAAUCUGCUUGGGAAGUCUGACAGCAUUGGGCAGCUACAACAAAUACAACAAUGACUGCUAUAAGGACUCCUUCAUGCUGUGCCUCCUGAACAGCGGCACCAGCUUCCUGGCUGGUUUUGCCAUCUUUUCAGUGCUCGGUUUCAUGGCUGAAGAACAGGGGGUGGAUAUAGCCAGCGUGGCGCAGUCAGGCCCCGGCCUUGCCUUCAUUGCCUACCCCAGAGCUGUGGCCAUGAUGCCUGUCCCUCAGCUCUGGGCUGUCUGCUUCUUCCUCAUGAUCAUCAUGCUGGGGCUGGACACCCAGUUUGUGAGUCUGGAGGCCCUGAUGACGUCGGUGACUGACCUGUACCCGCAUGUGAUCCGACGGGGAUGCCGCAGAGAGCUGCUGCUGCUGGUUGUGUGCAUCGUCUGCUUCCUGAUCGGACUGGUCAUGGUCACACCGGGUGGUCUGUAUGUGUUCCAGAUCUAUGACCAUUUCUCCUGCAGUGGAGCCAGCCUGCUACUUCUCUCCAUCUUCCAAUCUCUGGCCAUCGGCUGGGUCUAUGGAGCCGAGCGCUUUUGUGCCAACAUCAAGGAUAUGACUGGCUACAGGCCCCUGCCUGUCUUCAAGCUGUGCUGGAGAUACCUGACUCCCACCGUGUGCACUGCUACCUUUAUCUUCUCCUUGGUUCGUUGGUCUCCACUGAGUCUGGGGAAAGGACUGGUGGCUCCAGUCUGGGCCACCACACUGGGCUGGAUCCUCACCCUCUCAUCCGUCUCCCUGCUUCCCAUCUGGGCCAUCUACGCCCUCAUCACCACCCCUGGAACUCUGCCACAGCGCUUCCAACAACUGUGCAGCCCCGCCAAGAAGUCCGCACUGGCUUUCAACCACAUCUCCACCAACGGCUCAGUGCUCACUUACACCCCCGUGCUGCCCCUCACCGAUAAGUCCAAAGAUCAAGUUACAGAACUCAUCCACGGCCAGAUGAUUUAACAUUAGUCAACAGAUUGUGAUGCUGUAUGCUGCUCAGCCAAUCAGGUGUGCAGAGCAGGAGGGUUGAGCUUAAUGCUCCUGGAUCACAGCAGAGGGGCUUGAUCCUCACCUUUCAUCAUGUAAAAAUGUAUGUAUUGGGGAUCAUCUUUUUUAUUUCAACAUGUCUUAUUUCCAAGAUGUUUACAUUCAGAAACACACAAAGCUGGAGGUGCUAACUGCAGAAAGAUUUAACAAGGGCUGCAGCAAUGCCUGCUUGCUUGUUGUGGGUCACUCUGGUUGCUUUGCCUUCUUCAGGCUUCAGCAGAGGAUCAAGACCUGAACUAGGAUGCAGCUUGUUCUACUUUUAAGACCACCGUGGCCCCUGUUCCUGAUCACCUGAAUUGGUCUAUGGAAAACAGCACACACUCCUGGAUAUUAGCCAUUUUAUAUCCUCUUAUUGUUCUUGCUUCCUAUUUAUUCUAACACUUUAGCCACUAUACUUGAGGACCAUUUAAUCACAGCCCCUCCAGCCUCUCAGCACACAUAAAGCUACCAGGUAGCACGCUAACGUUCUAUUUGUUUGCCAACAUCAUAGUUAUUAGCUGCCACCAUACUCUCUCUAUGAGAGAUUUAGAGAUCACUGCUUGUUUUAGCAUGUCUGCUGAAAUGACUCCAUGAGUCGGACAUGUGCUAAGUGAUUUAUCUGAUUUGUUUUGACCGUGGUUUACCUUUUGUGAUUGCAACGUCAUCAACUCAAAUGGUUUAGAACAUGUUAGUGGAGUUAAUGCACAUGUUGCGUUAGCCAAAUAUCACUUUUGCUGCCAAUAUAUCAACUCUUUGUCACUGACUGUAAGGUGCAGGGGUCUGUUUCGGUCAGGCAGGUUUUCAUUAGAAACACUGGGGAGGGAAGUUGCACUGUUUUGGUUUCAGUCAUUUUAAUGUAGUUUUUGUAAGUCAAAAGGCAUUAUUUACAAAAAAAUCUUCAAACUGAGAUUAUUGCGGUUGUAAUCUCUGAAGAAGGAUGUCCACACUUGGGUUACAGUGAUAUUCAAAUUUCAUCGUAUGCUGCCAGUGAGAAUUGAAAAUCAUAACAUUUCUUUUAUUUGAACAUCAUUGGAAAAGUUAUCAAAGCCAUGGUGCUUACCACUACCUGACUGUCAACGCACAUGUCCAGACAAAAGUUUAAAGUUUUAGCUGUAAUGAGAACUGGAUUAGUUAAACUAGAAUUAUGUAGAUGUAUUUUCGUUAAGUGUAACUGAACGUCACAGUUUUGUUUUGUGUAAAGUUAAAGAGAUAUUUUUCUGCGACCGUCACUAUUUUGUUGAAAUCUGAUAUCUCUGCAAACAAAAGUUCAGCCAUCUUAAAAAAUUACUGCUGCUUUUUAUCCAGAAAAAAUCAGUAAUAUGUUUUACUCCACACACCAAAUGUUGUAGUAUAGUGAUAAUCUCUGAAUAGAACUUCAACUGUCCAAGUGAAUAGUCUCACUAAUACCAAGGUGUGUUGAGGCCAUUGUGGAAGAGAAGCAAAGGUCCAAGGCUGGAGAUUGUUGGGCAGAAUAGAAUUUUAGAUUAAAAAAGAUUGAGCAAUUCUCUAUAAAUUCAAUUUGUUUUUAUCUUUACAAAAUACCUAAUCUGCCAUCGAAAUAUGCAAUAUUGGAAUAUUGAGUUUUACCAGAGGAUAGAUGUAAAAUAGUGAAUGUGAACCAUCACUUUAGUUUACUUUCUCCUGUUUGUCCUGAUCUCGCAAGAAAGAUGUUUCUAAAGUUGAGUUAUUCCCUCUUAUUAUGUUCAUCUCUCAUUUUCAAACAUUUUUACUCGUCAGUGCGGGUUUACGCUGUCCGAGAAGAACAAGCUUUAAUUAUUUUCUUUCGUUUUCUGUCACCAUGAAGUCUGUUUUUCGGUAUUUUGUCGGGGCUCAGGUUGCAAAGCAUGACCAGCAUCAGCUUGUGCACUGUAAGUCGAGGACAGAAUGUACUGUACGCUGGGAAUGCUUGUGCAAAUCUCAAGGCAGAAGGGAAAUAUUUCUUGAGCGAGUGUGAUGUUUAAAACAUGUCAGAAGAUAAAUCCUCGAACCUGCUGUUAUUCAGACCUGGAUCACAUCGUUUGACUGAAAUCCUUGCAUGUGCUAAGCCCUGGAAGUCUUGUGAAAGGCGUCACUCACUUAAAACAAUCCGACUGUUUACAGGUAUGUAAAUGUUCCUUGGGUUUGAAAAUGGGCUUCUUUUAUGUUCAAAUGUCAUUUUUUCUUUUCUAAAUUAAAAGGUUUGUGCUGACUGGG